CUAGUUGUUGGUACAUUGACACUUUUUGAAUGAAAAUUCGAAGAGGUUAGAGCAAGAAAGCUAGAAUUUAAAAACAAAACACAUUAUGUCACAAACUUUGAUGGGUCACACAAUGCGAUAUAACACCAUUCCUAUCGCCCAGCAUUAGUGACGCAGUCAGUGUUGUCUUGGUGAUGAGAGCAAAGGCGUCAGUGGGCGGAGAAAGCAAAUGUUCCUUGGAGGCCAGGAAGUACACAAGAAAAGCGGCUAGUUUAACACAUACAGCUGUGACUGUAUACGCUUGUUCUUUUCCCCUUCUUCAAAAACCUCUUGCGGUAAUUUUUCGUCGUUAAUGUGAACUUAUUUUCUAAUAGUUCAGUAAGAGUUUGUGACGUCCCUAAAUAUAUUUUUUGUAAUGUUAAUUUGUUCGCGCUAACGUUGUAGGCUAGCUAAGUAAAGUUUCUUAAAGAUGGAAGUAGCCGCAGUUUUUAGGAGACGUAACACCGACAAUUAAAGUUAUUUGGACCAGUUAACACUCGCAGAUUGUAAGUCACAGCAACUAAAGUAAAUUAGUAGAAAAGGCUAUAUAACCUAUCGUUAUGGGGGACAAAGAACUGUGUCUUAUUGAUAAAAAUAUCACAAGUUUGCUGGAAAUCCACCUGAACCCCACUAUAACAUCACUUAAUCUGCACUUCAAUCAAAUACCACGGAUCGAGGGACUUGCUUCAGCUUGGCACCUACGACACAUAGACCUUUCUUCCAAUUGCAUUUCUCAGAUUGAGGGUCUUGGCUCCCUGACAUUCCUGAGGACCUUGAAUUUAUCAUGCAACUUAAUCACCAAGGUUGAAGGGUUGAAUGGCCUUGUGAACCUAACGAGAUUAAACCUAUCUUACAAUCGGAUAAAUAACCUUACUGGUUUACUGUGUCUACAUGGCACCGAAUACAAGCUGAAACAUCUUAGUCUCCAAGGCAACCUUCUGGACCAUAUUGAUCACCUGCUGCAGUCCCUGCUGGGAUUGCAAGGGCUGAGAGAGGUCACUUUGAGCCAGAAUGGCAGAGACAACCCUGUCUGUCAGUCACCAGGUUAUAGGGAGGUUGUUAUGCAGUCGUUGCAACAGAUUUCUGUACUGGAUGGUCUAAACCGCCUGGGAAAUCCAUCACCUGCAGGGAUAAACAGUCCUUGUGACAUUCCUGGUCUGGAGUACUAUGUGGACCUUCUGCUGUCUUCAGAUGCCAGUGCCAAUGAAAUGCGGCACAUUUCCUCCAAAGGAAACCCAGAUGAAAGGGAAAAACCAGCUGUCCAGGACCCCCAGCCUGAUAGCGUCACUGUGACUGAUCCUGCAGAGCAUGAUAAAGAACAACGCAUCAGCAAACUGGAGCGUCAGAUGUUGCAGUUUAUCCAGCAGGCCCCUGUAGGUGACAGAGCCAAUAGCACAGAUCAUUCUGUGGGGACAGUGCAGAAAGUCAAGGGGGACACAGACCCCGCAUCAGAGAGUGAAUGUGACAGUGGGAAGGAAAACGGAAGGCGCACUUGGAUCCCAAAGCUUCGAAACAGCAUAACGAUGAGGAAGAUCUCCAAGGAGACCAAGGGAAAAAGAUCAGAUAGCGAUCAGGAGAAUCGUAAACAGAGGACUUCAAAGGCUGCUGUGGGACCCAAGAGGAAGGCUGGUGGUUCAGGGGUUGGAGAUGCAGCAGGCACAACAAGGAGGGGAUGUUUGACUACUGCCAGAACCUCUGGGGGAGUGAAAACCAAACCCUCUGAGGACACAGAGACCUACAGGACAAUCGUGGAGGAACGUGACCAGGAAAGAGAGAGACGCUGGAAAGCUGAACAGACUGUGAGGAAGCUAACAGAGGACCUGAGGUGCUUGCAGACAAAGGUCAGUGAGGAAAAAGACCUUCAGAGCAUGGCCCUACAUACCACAGACAGACUAAAAGACCUGUUGCUGAAGGAAAGAUCGGGACGUGUUGAACUGCAGACUCGUAUUAAGGAGCUGGAGGAGAAGUGGCAGUCACAAGCACAGCAGCUCGAGCAGGCUCGCAGCACUGAAGACCAACACAAGACGGCACUACGUAGCCUGGAGAACAGCAUCACUCAUGGAGAGGCACUCAGGGCUUGUCAGCAGGCUGAGGAGAUGAAGCGUCACCAGGAGCUGGAGAACAAGUCAGCGGCUCUGAAGAGGGAGUUGGAUAUCCAGAGAGUUUCUGUUCGCCAACACAAAGACAAACUGCAGCAACUCCAUGAACUGCUGGCAUCCAGAGAGCAGCAGCACAGAAAAGAGUUGGAGAUGCGGUUGUUGCCUGGUGGAGCUGAGUUCCGUGAGGCAGUGGCAAAAGAAGCUUCAGCAGUGGAAGAAAAACACGCUCACAUAGAGGCAGAGUUACAGGAGAGACUCGCGGAGGGCAAGAAGCAGUAUGCUGCUCUGGAGGAUGAGUUCCGGAUGGCGCUGACCAUUGAGGCUGCCCGCUUCUCUCAGGUAAAAGAGGCAUGUGAUCAAAUGAGUGCAGAGCUGUCUGAGCUCAGGUCGGCCCUCACUGAGUCCCGGCACAGGGAGAAGAAUUCAAGUUCUCUGGUGCAGGAACUCACAACUGUGGUCAAAGAACAGAAGAACCGCAUUUCAGAGCUUGUCAAAGCUAAGAGACUCGCUGUCACUGAAUUAAAGAACCGUUUGCAUUCAUUGGAAGCAGAGGUAGAACAGGACAGGCGUCUCAGCCUGCAACUUGAGCUGCUAAAGAAAGACAAUGCGAGACUGUUGUCUCAGCUCACAGCCCAAGAGUCCCUGAUAGAUGGCCUCAAGGCAGAAAGGAAGAUCUGGAGCCAAGAGCUUGCUCAGCAAGGAGUAUCUUUAGCUCAGGACCGUGGACGCCUGGAAGCCAGGAUAGAGGUACUAGGAACUGAGCUGGAGACACAGAAGAAACAGAUUGAGAGGGACAGUGAUACCCUCAAAAUCAAAGUCAAAAUCAUUGAGGACCAGACUGAGACCAUCCGCAAACUGAAAGAGGCCUUGCAGGAGCGUGACAGUCACACCCGGAGGCUGCGUGAGAAGGCGGUUCAGGCCCAGAAAGGCUUUGAGAAACAGCUUGAAGAGGCAACAGCCCCGCUGGCUGAGUUAAAUGAACGAGUGGAGCAUCUCAGCCUGCGCAAAGAGGAAAUGAGAGAGCACCUUGAGGAUAAGGAGGCUGAACUUCAGAGGGUUAGGAGAAUUUACGGUGAAUCCAGUAAGAAGUGGCAGGAGAAAGCAGACCUGCUGACCCGGUUGGAGAACCAGGUAAAGCACAUGAAAGAGAACUUUGAGUCUAAGGAGCGCCUUCUGCUGGAAGAACGCGAUAAGGCAACAGAAGCACAGAAAACUGCAGUCGAGAUGUUACACCGUGUUGAUGAUGCAUUUCGGAGACAACUGGAGUCUGUGCAGUCUGCCCAUCAAGCCCAGCUUCUACAACUGGCUAACGAAAAGCAGGAACACAUUGAGCAAGCCAGUCAGAGGGUACUUGAAGUGGAGGAUGAGAUGCGUCAGCUCCUGGAGGAGACUGAAGCUAAUAAGAGAAUCAUUGAAGAUAAAAUGAAACGUCUCACAAGUGUGCUGAAAGACUUUUAACAUACGUGAUGUGACUGAGAAACGUAAAACAUUCCAGGAAACAACUGUGUUUAUACAUAUAUAUCUAUGUGUACAGUUUAAGUUAUUUGGGGGGUGGUCAUUAUGGCAUACCAUUGAAUUAAUAAAUCAUAUUUAAGCAAC